AUUCAUAAGUUGAAGAAAGCAGAUCUCAUGUGGGCUAUAAUGGCGUGGCAGAUGCUUGUUGAUUUAGUGGAAAUUCUAAAUGAAACCCGCCUACUGUGUUUCAAAAACAAGAAGCUCAUCUUCUUCAUCGUCUUCUUCACCCUCUUCCUUUACUCCGCCAUCUUCUUAUCAUCUCUCUUCUCCUUCAAACCCCUCAUCGUUGACUGUUACUCAAAGCUCAUCUCCAUUGCCGCCACAAGCCCCUUCCACCCCUGCAUUUUACUCUCUUCUAUCCGCCUUAUUAACAGAUCUCAAACUCUUAGUUGGCCUAGAGUGGGUCUCCUUCAUCCUCAUCUACCUCGCCUCUCUCUUCUUUUCAAUCGUCACCAUCCUCGCUUCCGCCAUUGCCAGCUCUUCAAGAAACAUAUCCAUCAAGAAUUUGUUGUUGAAGACACUGAAAUCAUGGAAGAACCCAUUCGUAACUUACUUUUUUAUUUUUAUCUUCAAUCUUGGUUUAGUAAUCUUCCUUCUCUAUCUUCCUCUGUUGUCUCUUGCACUCUUUACUCAAACCCUACCUGCCUUACGAGCUGUCUUAGCCAUCCUCUUAGAAAUUCUGUUCGUGGGCGUUAACUUAUAUCUAGCUGUCGUCUGGAAUCUAUCUACUGUUAUCUCGGUUCUAGAAGACAAAGGUGGAAUCGAGGCACUCGGGAAGGCUGCAGCCAUGGUUAAGGGCAUGGUCCUACAAUGCUUCCUUCUGAAUAUUAUAUGUGGAGUCCUUUCUGUGGGUCUGUUCCAGAUGGUGAGGCCGAUGGGCGUCGCGCACUCGACGCUGUUGCAAGUGUUUAUUGGGUUGGUUAUGGUAAAUUUAGUUGCUUUGCUUAAACUGUUUCUGAUCAUGGCGUAUACAGUCUUUUACUGCCGACGCAAGGAGACUCUCGGAGAAGAAAUUGAAUUGUUGGGUGAUGAAAAAAUCUGGGGCUAUACCCCAGUUCCUCUUAUUGCUCAUAAUAUCCCAUGAUCACAUAAAACAUAUAUAUAUAUAUAUAUUUAUUUAAAUAAGUUAUGGAUGUGAUUUAAUUCUUUUUAUAUAAUAUUGUGUAAUCAAGUGCAUUUGAGUUAAGAAAAU